CCUGCUACACCUGCUACACCUGCUACACCUGCUACACGAAAACGAACGAUGAAGAACGCAACCUCGAACCCCUCAGUUUCUAAUGGGUCGUCCAAGAAACACGCUGCUCAAACGUGGCAUCAUACAGCUUCAUCAACAACAAUCCUCUGGCUCGCCGUAUCAUUGCCUCUCGUUAUAUGGGAUAUAGGCUACGUCUUUGGCAGACCUCACACCAUGCCUGAUGGUUUCCUCCACUGGCCACUUUAUGUCCCGUAUGCGCUUUAUGGCGAGGUCGAUCAUGUUUACGGAUGGAAGGCGUUCAAUGCCAAGAAUGGCUUUACAGCAGCUCAAACGGCGUUGAAUCUUGUUGAGACGGUCAUGUACUUGGUGUAUUUGUAUAUUCUCUGGACGCGAGCCGACAAGACGAUUGAUGGCGCGAAGAGGACUUUGAGUGGACGUGAUGGCGCGCUGGCUGUUGCUAUUGGCUUUAGUGCUGCUGUUAUGACGCUGAGCAAGACAAUCUUAUACUGGGCCAAUGAGUACUAUAGCGACUUUGAUAACAUCGCUCACAACACACCUAUGGACCUACUCACUCUUUGGAUAAUCCCCAAUGGUGCGUGGAUCGUCCUUCCCACCUACAUGAUCUCCAAGUUUGGAGGGGAUAUUCUCGAUGGCUUGACACUUGCCUCAGGCCAAUCUGUAAAAGCUGAAUAGAAUGAGCAUGAAAGAUCUGGUCGAGCGUCUUAUUUAGUACUGGGGGAAGGCGUAUAUGAGUAAUGACAAUGAGGGAAGAGACAUGAUUUGUAAACAACACGAACUGGGUUUGGGCGCUUCUGACGCUUCGUUGUAUAUGACGAGGAACAGGAUAGUUGAAAUGAGGGCAGUUUAAUCUUUGGCCUUGCUUAAACAGUUACUUUCAGCCCCAGUAGCACAUCACGAUAUAAUAGCAAUUGACA